AUGGCGGACGACCAUGCGGUCGAUAACGAGAUCAACUUUGAGUCCCUGAAGGCUCUCAAGCAAGUGUUUGAUUCUGCUGACGAGGAUGGCAGCGGCGAGCUGGACAUUGAGGAGUUCUGCGCCAAGCUGGGGCCCCACCUGGGGGCCAACCUGACUAAGCAGCAGGCGCGCUGA